GCCUUUUCAACUUCUUUCACUCUUUAAAUACCCCAUCGCAACGCCAUAUUCAGAUCGACCGAAGCCAUGUCGGACGGCGAUGCUUACGUCCCCACGGAGGUGACGGCCGUGGAUCACAACCCCAACCAGCCCAACGAGAAACAUCGCGGAAGCAGCUUGGAGAUUCCUCUGGAGCAGCAGCAGACGAACGUGCCCGGCUCAAGGAUGGCCGCGCCGAUCCCCAUCAGCCGGCGGCACACGCUCAACCUCGAGGACUACUUCGCCGGCCCUCGCGACAUGGACAAGCAUUCCAAGUGGCCCCUGUUCCUGCAGAUGCACGGCAGCAUCUUGCCCAAGAUGAUUGUGCCGCUGAUCUGCAUGUCCGCCUGGAGUACCUGCAUCACCCUCAUCUACAUGAAGGCCCAUAAGAACAUUGGCGUCAACUCCAUCCUGCUGACGGUCCUCGGUUUCGUCGUCUCGACCGGUCUCAGCUUCCGUGGUUCCACGGCAUACGAGCGUUAUGCUGAAGGCCGACGAUUCUUCGCCUCGCUGGUCACCUCGUCGCAGGCUCUCGGCCGAAUCUUCUGGAUCCACGCCAAAACCCUGCCGGAUGUCGACAUCCGCAGGCAGAUUCUGUACAAGAUCAGCGCCAUGAACCUGGUGGUCGCCUAUGCGAUUGCCCUCAAGCACAGCCUGCGCUUCGAGCCCUACACCGCGUACCAGGAUAUAGAGCACCUGGUCGGCCACCUGGACACGUUCGCCAAGUCUGCCACCUCCACCAUGCCCACCAACAUUGGGAAGAGGAACUUCUUCAAGUCCGUCGGCGACUACCUGGGUCUUUCGUUCGCUGCCAGCAACCCCCGGAAGCAGCUCAAGAAGGCGGAGAAGCCCCUGGGAAACCUGCCGCUUGAGAUCCUCAACCACCUUGCCGUGACGAUCGACGACCUGGUCAGCCGAGGCCAGCUCCCCGUCCCCAUGCAGCAGACGCUCGCCUACAACAACCUUGCCGCCCUCAACGAUGCCUACACCGGCUGCCAGCGCGUCCUCAACACGCCCCUGCCCAUUGCCUACGGAAUUCUGUUCCAGCAGAUCACAUGGCUCUACGUCAUCCUGCUUCCCUUCCAGAUGGUCAGCGUGCUCAACUGGAUCACCAUUCCCGCCACCACCGUCGCGUCUUACAUCAUCCUCGGUCUCCUCUUCAUUGGUCAGGAGAUUGAGAAUCCCUUUGGCCACGACGUCAACGACCUUCCCCUGGACACCUACUGCGAGCAGAUUGCUAUGGACAUGGACAUCAUCGCCUCGCACGCCAACUACAAGCCCGAGGACUUCUUCUUUAGCUCCGAGAACGUGCCUCUGUGGCCCGUCAGCGCUGCCCCCGCCGACACCUGGCUGCAGCGCAGCGAGACCAAGCUGACGGAGACGAUCCGGACCAAGCCCAGCAAGACGUUUGAGUGGAGGCGCUGGAGGAGCGACAAGCUCGCUGACGAGGAGGCUGGCAAGACUGAUUAAGAGAGUGCAUGGGAGAUGAGAUGUGUUUUGCUUAAUGGCAUACGAGAAUAGGUAUAUACGAGGUGGUGGUUUCAUGUUUUUUUUCUUCACCAACAAAAAGGACAAAAGACAAAAAAAAAAAUUUUUAUUCUUUUUCCAUCAUUUCAAGCAUUUACAUACAGGUUUUUUAAAAGGAAAGAAUUUGAUUACGGCAGCACGGCGUCUUACGCAAUAUUACCUUACGUUCAAGGCCGGCC